AUCGCAACAACCGCAGAGUUCAUUAGAAGACAACGAGUGAAAUUCAGAAAUAUUUGUCAAAGCAGAAUUGAAGACUCAGAAGUAUUCAGAAUGCCAAACAUUUCUCUACCAUCCAAGUUGUUGAUGCCGCUGAUGCUGGUGUACCUGGUAUUUCUGGAUGGUGCGCAAGCAGCUCCAACCGCAACCGCUAACACGAAGCCAUCCUCCACCGUACCUAACCGCAAUAGAGAAGAUACAAGGAUGAGCGUGGGUAACGCCGACAGCAGCAACAAAGCAAACUCCAAUUUGAAAUGGACGUCACGCAGCGCUUGGCAGGCCGCCCCACCACUACACGCACCGACCCACAUAUCAGCCACGGGCGGCGUUUCACAUGUGAUCAUUCAUCACACCGCAACACCAGCGGGCGCUUGUCGACGCAACCCCAGUGCCUGCGCCGCCACCGUUCGCGCCAUACAGCACAACCACCAGCAGCAGCGCGGCUGGGAUGACAUCGGUUACAAUUUCCUAAUCGGUGGCAGUGACGAACGCGCCGAGAUUUAUGAAGGGCGCGGCUUCGAUGUGGUGGGUGCUCAUGCGGUCGGCUACAAUGCGCGCAGCGUUGGCAUCGCGCUAAUCGGCGAUUGGACAGCCGAUCUACCGCCCCGUCCUGUGCUGGAUAAACUGCAACAGCUCAUAACUUACGGCAUGCAAAUGGGGCACAUACAACGGAACUACGCACUGCUCGGUCAUCGGCAAGUGAAGGCCACCGACUGCCCGGGCAACCGGCUGUACAAUGCGCUCAAGGAAUGGCCGCACUUCGAACAGCACGCCGCAUAAGGAUGCUGGCACAUGGGAGAUCACAGAAAGCUGUAAGACUGGCGAAGUCGCAAAUGAGCGCGAAUAUGUAAAUUAUGGGCAGAAAAUUGCGUAUUUCGUCGAGUGGGAUUUAAUUUAUAUUAUUAACUUUAACUUUGUUUACACAUUUCUCGGUUGUUUAUUGUGUCGAUAAUGUAAGGCAAUUAGUUUUUCAGUAUUUGCGGCAGAAACUCAGCUAACAAUUGUGUGUUAAUUUAUUUUGUGUUAAUUUAUUUUGUGUUAAUA